AUUCCAAAAUUUAACGGAGUUGUCAAAGUCAACAUGUGUACCAGAAUGCGAUGCCGGGUGAUUGUGUAACGCUACUUUAACAAAGUGCGUUGUAAAAAAAAAAAAAUGUAAGGAUGUUCACUUUUAUUAAUAACAAAGUAAUGAAAGCUUUUAGCGAAAUAGAAAACAAGUUUGUGCGGUGAAUACUUCCACAGGCAUUCACAAAUUGCAUGAUUCGAUAUGGAAGUCGGAUCUCUUCAUCACAUUGAAUUAGGAGUUGCAGAUGGAACUUCGGUCGUCGAUUCAUUCAAGAAGAAAUAUGGAUUUCAAUGUUUCGCUCAACGAUGUCGUUCUUAUUGUACACAGUGGGUACUUAAGUCAGGAAAAGCUACAAUUGUGGUAACGGAGCCAAAUUUAAAAUGUCACCUUGAAAAUACUAGUACAUCUCGCUAUGAAGUAAACAUAACAGACAGCGACCCAUUGUUUCAUUGUUGGUGGAUUCUUGAUGGAAAUAAACUUUUUGACGAGAAUUCAGUAUUUAAUGUUGCUUUUAAAGUGACAGAUUUACAACAAGUCGUCAACAAUGUAGUGAAAGGGGGAGGAGAGGUGAUUACAUCACCCCAGUGUGUACAGGAUGAGCAUGGCAAAGUCGACGUGGCUGUAGUCAGGUCUUGUAUUGGAAACGUCUUUCACACAUUGUUAAGUUAUGAUGACUACUCUGGUGAUUUUCUGCCGGGUUUUACCUCAAUUAAGAACAAUUUGGAUGAAUCAAACAAAUGCUAUGGCCUGGUGUCCCACAUUGAUCAUAUUGCUUUUGUGUGUAAUCAGGGAUCAACACCUCAUAUAGUUGAAUGGUACAAGAAAUGUUUCAGCAUGAAAAGGUUUUUCAUCAACAGCAAUGAGGAUGAAGAUGAAGGAUUUUUGAUCAGCGAUACAGGAAUAGGUAUGAGGAUGAAAGCCAUGGAAUACUGGAAAUGCUCGGAGACUGGACUUACCUCAGGCAGUAGUCAAGAUUCCAUUAGAUUUGUCCUUGUAGAAUCUCUAGAGAGUCAAGGAGCGAACCAGGUGGACAUCUUCUUGGAGGAUCACGGUGGCCCUGGAGUCCAGCACGUUGGAUUGUACACCUCUGAUAUCAUGACAGCUGUCUCCACUUUCAAGCAAAAUGGGGUCCAGUUUGUGGAGCCACCACCAGCAUACUACACCGAUGAUUUAAAGGUGUCUGAGAUGGGGAAGGUGGGAUUUCAUGUGGAGGAUCUGAAACAUAAUGGUGUGUUACUGGACACUGAGGCAGAUGCUGAUCAAGAUGCCGAAAACCAGUGUGAAGCCAAUAGAUACCUACUACAGAAAUUCACCAAACCAAUAUUCAGUAAAAGGACAUUUUUUCUGGAAUUUAUACAAAGAGUGGGUGCACAAGGGUUUGGUGCCGGGAAUAUCACGGCCUUGUGGAGGGCGGUUCAAGCUUAUCUGACUGAGGAUACCAUCAGCAGCUCCUGAUGUAGUGAGGAUUAGAAAACAAACAUUUCCCCCCUAUGGAUCUUUAUGAUUUUUUAUGCCUUUUGAAAUAUGCACAAAUGAUUAAAUUAUUCACAAAUUUUAA